AAACAGCAGAGCAGGAAUCAAAACAAGAGACGGACACGCCUUCGCUCCAAAAAGGUUACAGCAGCUUAUUCUUUGAAACUACUGCACAAUAUCUGCACUUAACCCUGCCUGUCGUGCAAGAAGACUCCAUAAAAAAAACACAAAGCGAAAAACCCUGCAACAACAAUAACAAAAACAACAAUAACAACAACAACAAAAGCACCACGGCUGCAGAAAUGGAGUCCACAGAAAUGUCAGACAGCGUUGACAGCAGCAGCCGUUGAUAACAGAGGUCGAGAAAUAACAUCCGAAUCCGUGUACAAUGCCCAACCAGAAGAACACCAAGGGAAAGAAAAGCAAACGCACGAACAGCAGCGGAGAUGAGCAGGAAAAUGGAGCCUGUGCGGCCGCAACAGGAGGCGCGGCCGCGGCGGUUGCUGCACCCAGACACGACCGCUCCAGCGAUGCUCAGUGUGCGACCCCCCUCGGCUGCAGCUGGGCCCGGCCCAUCAACCUGGAGAAGGACGACUACCAGCGCGUGCUCUGCAACAACGAGCUCUGUCCGUACGGCAACUGGAUGCACCUGCAGUGCUUCUACGAGUGGGAGAGCUCCAUCCUGGUCCAGUUCAACUGCAUCGGACGGGCGCGCUCCUGGAACGAGAAGCAGUGCCGGCAGAACAUGUGGACCAAGAAGGGCUAUGACCUGGCGUUCAGGUUCUGCUCCUGCCGCUGCGGACAAGGCCACCUGAAGAAAGACACCGACUGGUACCAGGUGAAGCGUUCGCAGGAGGAGCGCAAGAAGAAGCCGUCGGAGAGGAGCACCGGCAGGAAUGGGUCCAGCGGAGGGGCAUCAGGGGACGGGCUUUACGAGGAGCCAAAGAGAAGCAAGCCACUGGGGGCGACGGGGGGAGGCAAACUUCCCCACAGAGCCUCGAGUCAGGAGCUUCCUCGGAGAGCAUCAAUGGACCGUCAGAACUCCACAGAGAGAGGAGCAUCAGGAGGAGGACUCCCAGCAGGAGGACCCUUCUCCCUGGGGCCUCCUCUGAAGUCUCCAUGCGAUUCCCCGGGACAGUCUCCUCCAGCUGGCUUCCCUUUCUCCCCCAGUGCUGUCCUUGGAGCAGCGGGACUGCGAGGGUCCCGUCAGCUGGGGGAGUUCUUCAAAUCCGCCAUGCACAUGGACACUCAGAGGAAACACCUGCUGGUCGGAGGAGCUCUGGGUCGGGGCGGAUGUUCGAUGGGAGCCUCCGGUUGUGGAGCUCACCUCGACCCCGGGUCUGUGAUCCCCCUGCCACUGUCCUUCUCCCUCCCCCUCCACCAACGGCUCAGCUCCGGCAGUGUGGGUGACGGCACCCACUCUCACCCAGUGCAGUUCCUGAGGAGGCUGGACCUCUCGGAGCUCCUCACCCACGUCCCCCGACAUAAACUCAACACCUAUCACGUCCGCAUGGAAGACGACGCCCAGGCAGGCCAGGGAGAAGAGCUGCGCAGGUUUAUCCUGUCAGCCCUCAGUGCGAGCCAGAGGAACGUGGUGAACUGCGCGCUGUGCCACAGAGCGCUGCCUGUGUUUGAACAGUUUCCUUUAGUGGACGGGACUCUGUUUCUCAGCCCGUCACGCCACGACGAGAUCGAGUACGACGUCCCCUGCCACCUCCAAGGCAGGUUAAUGCACCUCUACGCCAUCUGUGUGGACUGUCUAGAAGGCGUCCACAAGAUCGUAUGCAUCAAAUGCAAGUCACGCUGGGAUGGGAGCUGGCACCAACUGGGCACCAUGUACACCUACGAUAUACUGGCUGCUUCACCCUGUUGCCAGGCCCGUCUAAACUGUAAGCACUGCGGGAAGCCGGUGGUGGACGUUCGAGUGGGUAUGCAGUAUUUCUCCGAGUACAGCAACGUCCAGCAGUGCCCUCACUGCGGCAACCUGGACUAUCACUUUGUAAAACCUUUCUCCUCCUACAAAGUUCUCGAGGCUUAUUGACAAAUGCUCUUCAUGCAGGCUAGUUAAACUGCUUUUUGUUCUUUUUCUAACACAAUCUAGGAAAGAUUUUAUUUUUGGGGCUUUAAGGUGAUUUUAUGUUCAGUUCUCUCUUUUAUGUUUUUUUAUGUAUAGAAAAAAAAGUAUAUAGUUUAAAAAAAAACUUCCACGACAGUACAUCUCUGCUGUUAGAGAAAGGAGUUAUGAAGUGUGGACGGACACACAUCAGUCGAGGAAACACUUUUAUCCGUGACAAGUGAAUGUAUCUGUAUGCCAAAAUUUGCUUUUAUUUUAAUUUUUUACCAAAAUAUAAAGAUGAAUCUUGAAUAAAGCAAAUAAAAAUAUGAGUUGUUGUUG